AUGGUGUGCCAAAGAUCCCUCAUGCUCUUCUUCUGCAUCAUUUUUUCCAUCAGCAUGCAACUGGCAACAGCGCAGCACUGGUCCCACGGCUGGUAUCCUGGAGGGAAGCGAGAGAUUGCUUUGCCCCCGAGCCUUGAGGACUCUGAAGAGAGCAAACUUUGUGAAGGGGGAGGCUGCCCAUUCCUGAAAGUCCCAAGAGAUAAAAUGGUAAAGCACUUACUGGCUGGCAUUCUGGCUGGACAACUCCAGAAAAAGAAAUUAUAG